GUUCGUACGACGGGGACAAGUCCAUUCUUUGUAACCCGUAACAAACUUUCUGUUCACCGCCAUUCAAAAACCGCCCCACCCCACGUGGUGUCCGUCACGUGCUAGUGACGUAAUAUCCACUGGCUGUCGUCACGCGCUGUCGUCACGCGCUGACGUCACGCCGCUCGCUCGCUCGCUCGCUCGGGGACGCGCCGCGAGAGGGCAGCCGCGAACUUUGACAUCGCUGAGGAGAUUUUUUUUAUUUUAUUUUGUUUUGUUAAAAAUAAAAUAAAAAAAUUUCUUCAUAAACAUGGCGAGUUGCGUCAAAACCGUCUUGUGGCUUCUGGGCAUCCUCCUAAUCCAUCGUGGGGAUCAGCCAGCGAUGUCCGCGAUCGAUAACGCUACAACAACCUUCUACGAGAUGAUCAACAACAACAACAACAGCAACCACCAAUCGUCUCUCCGAGACGGCGAAGACGCCGUCGCGUUUGACGCCAGCAGCCCCGCAACGUCGCACGCCGCGUGGGGACGGGAGCCCAUCCGGCCCCGCGGUGGACGCGCCAGGCGGAUAGAGGACGACGCGGCCAGAACCAACGAGACCUCGGCCGUCUACAACGUCCAGGCUCAGCGUCCCUUCGGCAGACUCCCACUCUGGGCCAAAGUCAAAACCUCCGACCGCCUCAACGUUCUGUGCCAAGUCGUCAUCACCCUCGUGCAGCUGUGGUUCUCUGUGCGUCGCAAGAAACCAACGAUGCUGGUGGCGCCCAUUGUGGGCAGGGUCAGAGGCCACAGACAAGCCCUCGCCCCUGCUCUUCGGGCGGCUGCAGCCCGGAGAAGACGCGCACGCAAUGCUGCGAGUAAACGCGGCCGCAACCAAGCCCACGUCCCCCAGCCUCCGCUGCUGCCCACGCCUCCAGCACCCGCGGAGACCAGCGCCGAGGAUCCCUGCCAGCUGAGCCCACCCAUGCCUACCCUUCCAGUGCCGGCGGAGACCAGCGCUGAGGAUCCCUGCCAGCUGAGCCCACCCAUGCCUACCCCUCCAGUGCCGGCGGAGACCAGCGCUGAGGAUCCCUGCCAGCUGAGCCCACCCAUGCCUACCCCUCCAGUGCCGGCGGAGACCAAGUCCCAUGAUCCCUGCCAGCUGAGCCCACCUCCACUGAUGCCCACACUUCCAGCACCGGCAAAGACCAGCGCUCGCGACGCUAGCCAGCGAGGCAUCCCUUCGCUGAUGUCUAUCGUUACAUCGCCGCCGGGUACCAGCGCUCGUGAUGGUUACCGCGGGCAAAAAACACCGCUGCUCGUCACUCCGCCACAAUCCACCGCCGCCACCGCCGCCACCACCACCGAUGCGCCCGCCGGAGCUGGUCCUCCGGUGUGGUUUGCCCGUCCGCGCCGCACGCGGCGCCGUCGGCGUCCCCGCCGUGACGCUGAAGACGUCCCACCAUGGCUCAAGUAUCGAGAUCCCAAUGGAUUCACAUUAACAUGAAGACUGCUCCCCAUACCAGGUGGUCUGGUAGCGAACGAUUAGCACGAACAAUAUGCAGCAAUGCACGCACCAAGACCAGCGCACACACUCACACAGGCGGAAGGAACAGCACCAGACCAAAAUGGUUGCUUUAGAGGGGCUCUCUGCUGCUCCCUUUGGUGGACAUUGCCAUUUUGGUCGUGGUGGGCGGGAGUGGGGGAGUUAUUUUAAACAAUAAAACUUGUG